ACAGCUCGUGACUACAAUAGAAACAACUAGGUAAUGUUUGUUCUGAAUUAAAUUUUGAAAUCAUGGCGAAUCUGCUAUCCUUGGAUAACAAAGUCUUUGCCUCGUAUGUUUUCUAUGCUGCAGUGUUAAUCCUUAAGAUCUUUGCUGUUGUUUUCUUGAUAGUAUAUUAUCGUCUUACAAGGAAGGUUUUCCCGUCUGAAGAAGAUUAUCGUGUCCAUCCGAAAAAGGAGAAAGAGGAAGGAAUAAAGACUCAUCCAGACGUAGAGAGAGCUCGUAGAAACAACUCAGUAAUGUAUUGGAAUGAGCACUAUGACGAAAUGAUGGCGUCCAUGGCGAAGAAUCUGCUAUCCUUGGAUAAGAACAAAGUCUUUGCCUUGUAUUGUUUCUAUGCUGCAGUGUUAAUCCUUAAGAUCUUUGCUGUAGUUUUCUUGAUAGUAUAUUAUCGUCUUACAAGGAAGGUUUUCCCGUCUGAAGAAGAUUAUCGUGUCGAUCCGAAAAAGGAGAAAGAUGGAGGAAUAAAGACUCAUCCAGACGUAGAGAGAGCUCGUAGGAUGCACCAGAAUGACUUGGAGAACAUUCCUCUA